GGAACCCCACUUUCAAUCACUCUCAAUUCUUCACACCAUGUCUUCUCUCAGGCGAUCAGCUCCUUCCAUCCACCGCCAAAUCCGCUCAAUCUCUGUUCCACCGUCUUCAUUGAUUGCUACAUCAGUCAACUCUACUGGCCCCAAUUCUCAUGACAAAAACCCUAGUUUACUCAGAUGGGUUUCCGCCGUCGUCGCUGGUGCCGGCAUCGCCGCCUCUGUUUACUGGUAUUCUUCUUCUGUAUCGUCCACAUAUACAGUGAAGUCAGCUAUGAGUUUUGCUGAUCGAUUGAUGGCAACUGCUGAUAGGAUCAAGAAAUCUUACGAGGGUCAGUCUUUGUCUAGUUCGAAUUUCUUCAUCAGAGAUACGUUGCGGAGAAGAAUCUUCUUCAACUAUGAGAAAAGAUUAAGGAUGUUAAGUCCUCCUGAGAAGGUAUUUGAAUACUUUGCAUCGAUCAAGAAUGCUAGAGGGGAAACUCUUAUGACACCAGGAGAUUUGAUGCGUGCUAUUGUCCCGGUGUUCCCUCCAUCCGAGUCAGGCCUUGUACGAGACGGAUCUCUUAGAGGUGAAAGGCUUCCAGGGGAGUUGCAUUGUGCUCCUUCAGAAUUUUUCAUGCUUUUUGAUCUAAACAAUGACGGCCUCAUUUCAUUUAAGGAGUAUAUAUUUUUUGUUACGCUACUCAGCAUACCAGAGUCCAGCUUUUCUGUGGCUUUUAAAAUGUUUGACAUUGACAAUGAUGGAGAGAUAGAUAGAGAAGAAUUUAAGAAAGUGAUGGCCUUGAUGCGCGGUCAUAAUAGACAAGGGGCUCUCCAGAAGGGUGGACGCCGCACUGGACUUAAAGUCAAUGGUCACGUAGAAAAUGGGGGACUGGUGCACUACUUUUUUGGUGAAGAUGGCCACAAGGGCCUGCGACAUGAUAAAUUUGUUCAGUUUUUGCGGGAUCUCCACGAUGAGAUGAUAUGGUUGGAGUUUUCUCAUUAUGAUUAUAAAUCAAGAGGAACAAUAUCAGCCAAGGAUUUCGUGUUGUCAAUGGUUGCUUCUGGUGAUAUACGGCAUAUGAACAGGUUGCUUGACCGUGUGGAUGAGUUAGAUAACGAGCCUCAUCUUAAGGAGAUACGCAUUACAUUUGAGGAGUUCAAAAACUUUGCACGACUACGGAAAAAAUUACAGCCCUUUUCUCUAGCCCUUUUUAGCUAUGGGAAAGUGAAUGGAUUUUUGACCAGGAAGGAUUUUCAACGAGCAGCUUCUCAAGUAUGUGACGUGGAGCUGAGCAACAACGUAAUCGAACUGAUUUUUCAUCUAUUUGAUGCAAAUCAAGACGGAAAUUUGUGCUCAGAUGAGUUCUUACGAGUAAUGCAUAGACGAGAAAGAGAAACAGCUCAAGUCACCCAGUCGGGAAUCAUGAAUACAUUCUAAGCAACCGCUCCAUAUAGAGAGGUAUAUACACAAACAAGAGACAGAGGAGGAUUUGCUGACUUUUUCGGCUUUAGGAAACGAAAAUUUGGCAGUGAUUGUUACUUGUGUUGAUGUGAAAUGUAUAGUCACAUAAUAUGCAUGUUACUGUGUAUAGCUAUAUUGUGUUUUUGCAAUGGAUCAUGUAGUUUGUUACCAAACUAGAUUGUAAGUGGCAGUUUGACAUGA